AUGGGCUCCCCCGCAGACGUGGGCUCCCAGCGGGCAACACCGCCCGGCGUGCCCCACCAUAGCGGAAACUCGGACAUGUCCGGAACCGGUCCCGGGACCAGUAAUCGCAUCGCAGACGUUGGCGGAAGCAGCGGCGCCGGAGGUUCGAUGCGUCAACCUCCCACCUCGGCUGAAAUCGAUGCAGUCAUUGCUGCGGCCAUGGCGAAUGCACCGCCCGCCCCGCCGCCAAUGGAGCUAGCCAUCGAAACGUCGACCCGAUCCCUCACUCCUCUCAUGACCAACAUCUUGCCAUCAGCCAUCGGCUCGGACGGCCGGGUCAACCUCUUCGUCGGCAACGCCGGCACUGUGCUGCGCGCCGAUGUCAGCCUCGGACCGGACAACCGUAGCAGAGGCUAUGGUAACGUGCUCAUGGGCAGCAGGGAAGACGCUGCUCGUGCGAUCGAUCGGUUCAACGGCUUCACCUGGCAGACACGCACACUCGAGGUCCGACCAGACCGACUGCCGCCAGAGUAUGAGCCGCAGCCGCAUGUCCAGAAGCAGAUGUACCGGUACCCUCCGCCCAUGCAGCACUUUGGUGGUGCGGGCUGGGGCGGCGGCCGGCCGCCUUACCACGGCCCGCCUUUCGGCCUCCCGCCGCACAUGAACUCGCAUCCUGUACACGGCGCGGGGCCGCAGGGCUUCGCUCGCGGGCCAGCCAUGCAUGGGCACGGUGCGGCCGUCCCGCCCAUCGGCCAGUCGCCGCUGGCGGGAUCGUUGACAGCUGGACAAGGAGGUGCCGGCGCCCACGGCGCAGUCGGCUGGGGUGGAGGCCGGGACACGUUGGCGCCGUUCGGUAGCCUAGGCGAGGUUGCUGCGGGAAUUCCGCGUAGCACGUCACCCGGGAACCUUGGCUUCGAGCUCGCUGGUGCGGGCGGACAGCGCUCUGCUUCUCCCGCCCCGAAGGAUUCGAGUGACACAACGCCGCGAAUCAUGCCUCUCGGCCGCGCGUCUUCCGCUGCGCUCGGAGCCGGCAAGAUCGGUCCGGAGGAGCCGCACCGCCGCCUGUCGAACGGGCUCGAGGCACCGAAUCCCAGCCUGCACACCGGCUUCACCCCGCCCAUCAACAUGAACGGCCUAGCCGGCCAGGCGAAGGACCUGGGCUCAGUCAACACGCUGUAUGAUCGUGUCGUCUUCGUGAAGAAUUGGCAGGACCUGAAGGAUCUGUUCCGCCCCGCUGGCGCCGUCAUCCGCGCCGACGUCGCGACCGCACCCGACGGACAGUCGCGCGGCUUCGGCACCGUCCUGUUUGCUUCGAAGGAAGAUGCGCAGAAGGCUGUUGGAAUGUUCAACGGACAUGAGGUCGACGGCCGCGUUCUGCAUGUGCAAACUGAGCGCAAGACGCUUGAGGACAAGCAGAUCCAGCCGAUCCACCCCGUCGAUCCCUUCCCGAUGUUCGGCACGAAGCCUUCCCCGCCGGUGUGGGGCGACCCGUCUCUGCCGACUGAACACGGGCUCAACACGGGCUCCUCCCCCGCCGCUCCCGUGACGCCCCAGCGAUCCUCGUCGGACGAGCAAAAGGCCAAGCACCCCGGCCCGAUCAGCCUGCCGCCCUUCCCGAAUCUGAGCGAGAUGAACCCUCUCAGCCCGCUGCAGACUCGCGGCCUGCCGCCCAUGACGCCCUCCAUGCCCGGCUUCGUCUUCAACGCGUAUCCCUCGACGCCACCGGCUCACCCGCAGUUCCUCUCUCCCGGUGCCGGCCCCUUCUCCCCCGGUCUGCCCGUCACAUCGCCGAUCUACCACCAGCAGCCGUUCCUGAAUGCCGCCCCCGGUGCGCCCGUUGUGCCCUCCGGCUCAGCGGCACUGAGCACGCCGACGACGCAGGCGUUCCCGAACAACCAGCCGCACUCGGCCGCCGGCCCCCCCGGCGCAGAGAUGAGCCAGGACUACUUCCCCCGCCUGGAUCCCGACCAGAGCAUAGAGGAGGUGCUGGGCAGCACGGCCGCGCUGAAAAUUGACGGCGACACGCCGACCAAGAGGGGCACGAAGAAGGCCGCUGGCAGCGGCAGCGCUGUCGGCAGCAAGCUCGCCCCGGGCAGUGGCGGCGCCAAUGGCCGCAGCAGCCUGGACGAGGCGCGCGCCCCGAAUGCGUGGAACAUGGACAGGCGCGCGAGCUGGAGCGAAGUGGCCGCGGGAACCAAGUAG